AUGCUUCUGUCUCGUCUGCCGCCUCGCGGCGGUUUGCGGCUUCUGCGCGCGCUCUUUCUAUGGUGUAUAAAUCCAGCUGUCCUGGCUUCUCUGGAGGAGGAAGAAGGCGAAGAAACUGCGAGUUUCUGUCCAGAAUACUCGACUCUCCCUUGUCUCUCUCCUGAGGUAUCUUCCCCAGCUUCUGCUGUUCCACCUCUCUUGAGGCAGAUCGCAAAGGCGCUUCCGGCUGCCAGCGCCUCUGGAGGGUCGGGCGCCGGGCUCGAGUGGAGAGCCUUCUGCCUGCUUCUCCUCGCAGAGUCGCUGAGGCCCACACGGCACGCUCCGCCUUCUCUCCCGUCUUCUUCGUCUGACGCGCGUCUCCAUGCGUCUUCUUCCGUCUCCCCUCAGGACAUAGACUUUGCGUACCUCGUUUCGCAUGGCGACGCUGCGUUGGCAGCCGCGCGCGCUGUCGCACAGCCGCUGCCAGACCCCGAGGGAGAACCAGAAGGAGAACAAGAGAGGGACGAAGAAAGAGAGGAAGGUGCAGAAGGAGAAACUGCAGAAAAGGAAGGAGAAGGACUGCGGGAAGGCACUUUGAGACAGAGGGGAAAGAGAGAAGCGAGGCAGGAGAUGUAUGAAACGCUCAAGCAGUCAGGAGAGCAGAAAAUUGCAGAGCACGACUCAAACCUGCCAGGAACGAGAAGACGAUCUGACUCAGCUGGUCCACCUGGCGAGACUGCUGGGGCUUGCAAGGGACGCCGCGGCGGAGAAAUAGGGCGAGAGUCAGGAAGGAGAGGCCGUUUUUUUAAGACUGGCGCGUCUCUGACUGAACAAGGCGAGAAGAGCUGUGACUGCGAACAGGCGAAGGAGAAUCAUAAGAACUUGAGAGAGGGACAAUUUAGCGAAAUGCAUGGUCUAGAAAGAAUGGAAGAAGACACGCACUUUUUCUCGCCUUCUGUUUUCUCCUCGUCCUCCUACAGCAGGCGGCAGUGUGUGAGGGAAGCGGCUAGCAUGCUGCUAAGAGAAGUGACGGGAGAGAGCAGAAGAGAAGAGAGAGAACGGGCAGUCCAGACACAGAGAGAAGGAGGUGAAGACAGGUGUAUUGACAGAGAGACCGAGAGUGAAGAGAGGAAGAAAAAACGAAGAAUCGAAGUGGGUAUGCGAGACACUGUCCAUCGCUUUGCAUGCGACCCUUUCCUCGGGCCUCUGGUCGAGGACCUUCUAGACGAAGGAGAUCGAAGCACACCCGCCGUGUCUCCUUCUUCUCGCCAUCGACAUAGGUCUCCCUCGAGGUCACCGCUUUUUUCUUCUCUGGACGUGCCCGCUUUUCAGCUCGCUCCAUUUCUGCCUCAGAUUUUUUCGAUUCUGCACCAACUUCUUCAGGACUUGUCCCUUUUGCAGAAAACCGGAGAGCUGCAGCGCUCGCUCGCCUCUCUGCUUCUUCUCCUAUCCCGCACUCUUCUUCUCCCUGCCUUCUGCUCCUUCUACGCCACCUACUACCUUCCUGUCGAGGAGACGCGGAGACUCGAGGCACUCCUCCGCCCUCUCUGGCGCCUGAGAGGCUCACCCGAAGAGACACACAGAGAGGCAGUUGGGCGGCUGGAGAGAGAGACGGCGACGGGGGGAUGGCGAGAGGAAGAGAUGGCGCCGGCGCAAGAGGCGGGAGUGGGGGAGACGGGAGAAGAAACCGAAGAGGUCUACAUGGCGAGCGUCGCACGAAUUGAGGAAGAGACGGAAGCAAAAGCAAAUUUCAGUGAACUUGAGGGAGAACAAGAUGGAGAAGACGAGGACGAAGAUGAGAGAGAAGGUGGAAAGGAAGAUGAGAUGGAAGGCGCUGCUUUGCUGGAGGAAAUGAGAAGGGAGACGAAAGUCGUCUCCGUCCACACUGCCUUCGAAUCUCUCUUUGCCUCUCCUUUGGACAUUGACAUUUUUGGCAAGGAAACACAGACGACAAAACGGGACGCUUGUUCAUCUUCUCCUUCGUCUCCUUCGUAUUCUUCGUCUUCUUCUGCAUUGCCUUUUUCUUCUCCGUCUCCCUGCCACUCCGCUCUCUCUUCCUGCCCUGAGGCGCGUGACUGUUCGCUCUUCACUCCUGGGCGUCGGCUGGCUGCGGCCCUCGCCCGGCUUGAGCGCGAGCGUCUGAAGGACAGUGUCUCCAAGGAUGCAGCCGUUUCCACCAACGCCGGUGGUGGGGUGCUUGGCGGAGAGACAGCGGGGAAGCAGCCCCCUGCAGAUCUGAUCACCUCACGAGCUUCUUUAGCUUCUCCGUUCUCGGGGGAAGAAGAACCCAUUGAGGUGAAGCAAAGACGACGCGCGCAUAACUACGUUUUCUUCCUGCAAAAUACCAAACUUGACAAAGGUAGAGACAACACACAGAUCCACCGAAACCUGUUUCACCAUUGUCGCUCUUUCGCGUCAUCCACUCCCGGCUCUGCAAUGUCUUCUGUCUCCUUCCCUUCAUCUGCGGGUCCUUCUCCCUGCUCUUCUCCGCCUGCCUCUCUGCCGUCUCCCUUUGCUUCCUCGUCUCCUCAAGGCGCCCAUGCAGCCAGUAUCGGCGUCGAUCUGCGCGCGUUUGAGGGAUCCCUGUCCGGCACCUUUCUUUCGCUCUUUCAAGAUCUCAGGAGAGCGCGGGCGAGACAACGGAGACUUAUCGCUUCUUCCCCAGACCUAGAUCUCUCUGCCGAAGAUCGAAGUCGAGAAAAGAUCGAAGAAACAAAGCGAACUCUGCGGAAGUCUCUCUCGAAAUCUUCCCGCACUAGGAAAGACCCAUCACGUCUUCAGGUGCCUAACGUACCCCACUCUUCUUCUGCUUCUGUGCCUUUCUCGUUCUCCUUGUCGUCUCCGCCGUCUGCAGCUCUUCCUUCUCCAUCACCAGCAGCUUUUCAUCCCAGGGCCAAGCGAGUGGAGGCGACGAGGUUGUCUCCGUCGAGGGCGGAAGAAAGACGAGGAGAGAGAGAGAAGACGAGAGCGGCCUGGCGCCUCAUCAGGCGCCUUUUGCAGGCUCGGAUGGACGGCGCAGCGCUUUCGCAGCUGGCGCCGAGUCUCCAGCUUAUGUUUUCUUGGAUUUUCGACUUCCUGUUUUCCUCCACUGCCGACCUUCUCGACGCACGCGAGAUGCUCGUCGCGAAGAGCCCGAGAAGCCGAAAAGCAAAAGUGAAGAAGGCAGGGGCAGGGCCCCAUCCAGGCUGUGACUCGAGUGUCCGCAGCCUCGCCCUUCCUUGGGAAGAAGACGAAGAAGACCGAGAAGACAGCGAAGAGGAGUUCUUUCUAAAAGCAGCGAUGCUUGUGAGGCGCGCUGACCUUGCCGCGAACGCUCUGCUCCUCCUACCUGGCGUCUCUUCGUCUCAUGCUCCUUUCAGAAAAACGCAGGGUCCCCCACCAAACGAGGCCUCGACAGGCGUCUCCAGCUUCCGCAGCGUAGUCACCACCCGCAUGUGUUCUCCUCAGGCUUCUUCAGUUUCUUCUUCCGUCUCUGCGUCUGUGCAAGAUAUGCUCGAGCUGCUGCACCUGGAGGCCUCAGGCCAGUCGGCAGGGAGGUCUCGAUUUUCUGUGGCGCCUCGCGAAGUCGAGUGGGAUUCAGUUCCUUCGACAUCGGGGGAGAGGGGCGUCCUGAGUCGCUGGGGCGGCGUAGCGCCUCACCUGGAGACCUGGUUAGGUGCGCGCAGCGAGCUGAGGCCGCAGCUGUCUCUGGUCGCCGCGGCGCUCGACAGUUCGUCUCUGCGCCUGAUUGAGGCUCGUCUCUCUGCCCAGGGUGCAGAGGUUUUAGAGACUCUCAGGGAGAUUCAAGUUCUCGCGCUGUCUUCGCCGCUGUCGAGCUCGGGUCUUGCGUCCACGGCCGCGUCGCCGCUGCGGGAUCCUGCGGCGUCGGCCCUCCGCGCCUUUCCCUCGCUAGCCCGCGGAGUUGGUGCCGCACCAGCUGGAGGCCGACGAGCCGGUGUGGAGGUCGCCGACGAGGAGGCGCGCCCCGCCGUCCCGCUUCUCGUGCAGAAACUGUCUCCUCUCGAUGCUGCUCUCGCCCUCGCCAGCCGCGACCGCGGCGUGGCGCUUCAGCAGGCUCUGGCUGUGGGGCGCGGCGCCCUGACUCUCGGCGCGCUAGGCCGGUGGAAAGUCGGAGGCAGUGGAGACAGGCAGCGAGAGAUUCUCCCGCUGUCGCUGUUGGAUGUCCCUCCCCUCGAGUUGCGUGUCGUUCUCGCGCCCUACGCGCUCGUGGCGACGGACGACGCCUUGCAGGAAGAGACACAAGAGACAGGAACCCGCAGACGAGACGAAGAGCGGGGCAGAAGACGAGGAGAGAGGAGACUCGCGUGGGCUGCGUCGGAAGAUGAGUCUUUGUCUGACGGAGCAGGAGGGGAUAACGCUCACAGGCUGUUCUCGCGAGGGUCAGAUCGAGACUCCGAGUCGCCCUCAGCUUCGUCACAUGUCCCUUCCUUCUCAAGCGCGCCCCUCACUCCACCGACCAGUCUGUUCGCUUCCGCGGCCUCGGAGCCCCAUACACAAGCCAGACAAAAAGCACGGACGCAUGCAUCGCCUGCCUGCGUCUUUCUCCCCGCCCAGCUCAUCAGCAGAGACCCCCAGAGACAACCUCCAGAGAGAGACGCAUGGGCGCAGUUUCACAAUGGCUGCUCCUCCGGACUGACUCUCUUUCCUGUUGGUGGGAAGCCGAUAACUUCCGACAUUCUUCCUCUCUCUUCCUCUUCGCUGUCUUCGGGUCCGUUUUCUUCUUCGUUUCAUGUGUCUUCCACGAGUGAAAGUCGGUCUCGGCUUUCGCAGUUCCCCGCCUCAGGGAACGUGGCGCGCACUGGGGGGCUCCGCCGGGUCGGAAGUCGCCACCCCACAGGGGCCACUGGAGACACGGAGACAGGCGAGAAGAGAGCUGAGGCUGAGAGAGGGCCUACGAGGCAGACCAAGCGUUCCACUCAGGCGCCUGCAGUCUCUGCACGAGUUGCAGGAAACAGAGAGCAGCUCCAAGAUCGUGGAAAUUCCAGAAACGAGCGCGGAAAGAGACAGCGAGGAGAACGACCGGACCUUGCUGGAACUGUCGCCUCGCCCCUGUUUCCUCCGACUGCAUCUCGUCAUACCCUGAAGCCCAUGAGAGACUCGCUUUCUUGCCAAGAACAGCUCGAGACCUUCCUGAGGCGCCACGGCGAAGCCUAUGGGCCCCAUGAGUUCGGUGGGCUUCUCCUCGCACUGGGUUUGGCCGGUUUCUUUCGCCCUCAGGGCGCCAGCAGAAAGGAAGACAUGAGAAACCUUUCGCUGCGGCUCUUAUGGAAUGCAUUCGACCGCGAGACUGUUCAGACGGGGCUUCUCCUCGGCCUGGCAAGCAGUGCUGUGGGGUCGCGGUCUUCCUCGUUGCUCCAGCUCUGCGUAGCACACCUCCCGUAUACGCUGUCGGGGAAAUUCAUCGAAAUUGAGAUGAAGCCGGCGCCCCAGUGCGCGGCCCUUCUCUCCCUCGGCCUCGUGUUCGCCGGCAGCCAAAGCACAUGCAUUUCCAUGCUGCUCCUCCACCACCUUUUGCGAUCCCCCUGUCUCCUUUCCGACAAGCAAGGCCUCGACCGCGACGCCUACGCCCUCUCCGCGGCCUGGGCCCUGGGGCUCGUGUGGCUUGGACACGCGCGAGGCGAGAAGCGCAGAGAGAAGGGAGGAAGAAGCGACGAAGGACGAGACAAGCGGGGAAGAGCCGCGAGGGGCGAACAUCGAGAGCUCAGAGAGCGGAGAGAGAGCGGAGAGUGGAAAGAGAGUAGAGAGCAGCGGGAGCAGCGAGGUUUCGGAGAAUUCGGCGUUCAUGUGGCUGGCGAGAAGCGUUGCGAGGGUGGAGAAACGGAGCAAGCUUCCUUUGCGUUUUUAUUUGAGAAAGAGGAAGGCGCAACUUCUUUCGCGACCCACGCCCAUCGCAGCAACCUGCACUGGGGCUGUCUUAAUGCCAGCGAAGUGUCGGCGCCUGCCGCGCUCGCUCUCGGCCUCGCCUUCCUCGAUAGCGAAAAUGAGGAGAUCCGCAGAGGACUCCGAAUUCCGAAAAAUCCAGACGAACUCAAAGACAUUCUUCCUCAUGUUCUCCUCUGCAAGGUGUUGGCGCGCGCCCUCGUCUCGUGGUCGGCAAUUGCUCCUUCGCAUCGGUGGGUCGCCGCGCAGAUUCCGCCUCCUCUUCGACUUCUUCCCUCUGACUCUGACCCUGUUCGCCGCUCCUCCCUCCCCUUCCUUCGCGUUGUCUGUCCAUACACCCGCCGCAUUCUUCCCGUUCACAAGCCACACCGAUCCGGCUCGCGGGCCUCGACGCCCCGGCGCGGAGACACCGGCAGCGGAAACACUGACCGCGGGGACAGUGGGAGACACGGUCGGAGACACCGAGAAGCGAGAAUGAAGGGCGCCGCGGCUUCUUCUCACGCGCCAGAUGGUUCGCGGGACCGGAAACAUCGCAGGGAGAUCAAGCAGAGACAGCGAGAGGCAAAGGCUAGGGCAGAGGAGGUUCCACUUCAGCGAAGCGCGCGAGAGCGAGCGAGGGCGAGAACGAACUCAGAUCGGACGAGGUCCUCGUCUUGUUCCUCCACGUCGUUCCCCUUUUCGUCCGCAGCCAAGUACCGCGUGUACGCGCUGGCGGGAGCUUUGUGGGCGCUGGGGCUUCGAUUUGCCGGUACCAACAGUCGACGCUGUCUCCACCUGCUUCUGAGGUAUCUGUACUUUCUUCGAGGUCCGGGGUUCGGGCGGCCUUCGCUCGCUGCUGCCGGGGAGACGUGUGUCGCCAGCCAGAAACUGCGCGACGACUGCAAGAGCUGUGGAGAAGAAAGAGGAACAACCUUGCUUGAGGAAGACGUCGAGAUGGACGGAGAAGGGUCGGUUUACCUUGCGGGACGCAACGCCUCUUCUCACGCCUUCGAGGCCCUUUCGCCGCCGCUGUCGUCGCCCCACACCUUGACGUUCUCGCCUCUCCUUUCUCAGGCCCAGUGCGCGCUCUUCCGCUCCCUUCCCGCCCGGCUGUCUCUGCCUCUGCCUCACGCUGGCGAAUUCGCCUUCGCGUCGCGUGAAGCGUAUCUGGACGAGGAAGCGCGAGACCUCUGCGUCCUGGUUUGCUGUCUCGCCCUGGCUUGCGUUGCCGCCGGCUCCUGCAGCGCCGAAGUCCUUUCCUGUCUCUUCAACGAGCGGCGCCUGCGCCUCGCGCGACCGCGCGCCGAGACAGCUGGAGGCGCGACCGCCGUUGCGGCUGCCGCGGCAGCCGCGGCUGCCGAGGAAGCAGCGGGUCUGGCGAGCGGCGAUACGGCGAGCGCAACGGCGGCCGCAGAGGCCGCGGCGGCGUGUGCGCGAGCCGCGGAGGAGAAUCAGAUGCAUCCUCAGUACGGCGCUUGUCUCCUCCUUCACCAGGCGAUCGGGCUCGUCUGCAUGUCGGGGGGGCGUAGGAGCUUCGCGGAAUCUCUUUUUACGCCCGCGCUCCUCCUCAUGGCUCUGUUCCCCCUCAAACCGCCGACGGACGCUGCCGACCAAAGCAGCCAUUUGCAGGCCGCGAGACAUCUCUGGGUGCUGGCGACUGAGUGGAGACACCUCGCGCCGGUGGAUGUGGAGACAGGCAAGCGAGUGAGUCUCCCCGUGACGCUUCUGGUCAGGAAAGAAACGCGAGGGGGGCGAGCGCGGAGACGCGUCAAGAAACUGCAAAUGUGGCUGCCCGGCCUCAUCCCCUCGCCGCAGCGAAUUCUCCGCCUUGAAGUCGCGGGCGAUCGUCACAUGCCUCUCGUCCUGCGGGCGUCAGAGAGAGAGACAAGGGAGGAGAGGGGCAAGGAGACUUUGGGUGCAAAAGCGUCACUCGGCGAGGUUUGGAAUCCGAACCAUGUGGAAAGGCUGGAGCGCUUCAAACAAGAGAAGCGAGAGCGCGACCGAUGUAGCAGUGGCCCGGGACCGUUGAGCGAGAGGGAGACAGGUGGGGCUCCGCCGCCGACCGCGAGGUGCCGGGGCAGGGUGUUCGGAGGCCAAGUGGCGCCGUCGCCGGACGCGAGAGGCGCAGCUCUCUUGGCGGCUCUCGAGCGGGUCCUGUCUUCUGUGGUGACUGUGGAGGGCUGUGGAGAGGAAGACACGGAGCUGUCCGAUUCGGAAAAUUGCCCCGAAGAGAUCCUUUCUUUCAGAAACUUCUCUCGCUGGUACCUUGAGGCUAGCGAGUGGGUUUCAACAAGCGUCGACGAGCGAGAGAAACAAGCGGAAGCGCUACGAUGGAGAGACUGUCUCAGUGCGUUGCCGGGCUGCUCCGAGGCGGGUGACUCCGAGAAAGAAGUUCCCUGGCUGCUUGCGUGUCUUUCGCAAGGCAUCGAAGAGACAAAAAGCGACUGGGGCCUCCCUCAUGGCCUUCAGGGCGACCCGCCAGGACCAUCGCUUCUCCCCUUCUGUAAAGUCACGAGCGCGGACUCCUCUCUCUUGCAUGAUUCUCUGUGCGGCAAACUCACGGCCGCGCCGACGGAAGGCGAGGAUUCGUCAGGCAUUGGUUUAGGGCCUCUCCUCCGUCAUCUAGAGAAAGAAGAAGAGAGGAGGAAGAACUCUGUAAAGCGAACGCGACAGGAGGCGAGGCACCACACAAGGCUCUGUCCCUUCGCGGCACUGUUGGCUGCAUGCGUCGGUCGACAGAGGCUACCAUUUUCUCCCCGUGAGGUUCUCGCUGCGCAGUGUCUUCGCUCUUUCCAUGACUGUUUCCGAUUUUAUUUUUUUCCUUUUCUCACGCCUGCUUUGCUGCCGCCGCUCUUCGCUUCCCAGAUGGAAAGUCUGCGGCUGGCAUUCUCUCCCUUUUCUUCUCCCUACGCUUUGUUUCCUUUGUCGCGAACGCGUGGACGCGACUUGACGUACGGUGGCUCUCCUGUAGACAGCGGCCUUCGCCUAGGAAACGACGACACCACUUCUAACCGAGUCCGACAGUUGGUUUCUCUCUUUCUGCGAGAAAUUGCCAUCGUCUACUACGCGUCCGCAGCCACGGCAUUUCUUCGGCUGUCCAGCGACAGACGGCGAGGAGACAGGGGAGCACAGAGGGCGGGGACACCGUUCGUGGAGCCGGAGGCGCGGGAGCGUGAUGAGGCACUCGCAGAACUCAACGCUUCGGAGGCGAGGCAAUCGAGAGAGGGAGAAGCCUCGGCUUGCGGGUCGAGGGCGAACUUGGUCGGUUUGGAGGCAUCUCCGAGGCCGCGGAACGUGAGAGCGACUCGAGAAAGAAGAGGAGACGGAGGACGAGAUAUACUUUGUGCCGCGAACGCCUUGUCGUCUUUCCUCGUCUUCCACCGCCUUCCUCUCCUUGACGACUGGCUCCUAUUCAUUCGCUCCGUCGAGAGAAAAGCUGCGGGGCAUCCUUCGCGGCUCGUUUUCUCGCCUACAGGGACGCGGUCGCGAGAGGCCGCACGAGAGGAGACAAGAGGCGAAGUGGGGGCUGGGGCGGCCUGGGCCUUCGGAGAAGUGGAAGCAGCGACAGAAGCGAAAAGAGGAGAAACCAUGCAGAGACAACAGUCGCUUCAACGCGCGCUUCAGCUCGCCUACCUGGCGGCACCGAGAGCAACAGUGGAGGGGAAGAAUCUCUUGGCGGAGGCCCUGAUGGAGACGGUGUUCGUCGAAGAAGAAUAG